AUGGAUGAAAUAUUGUGUGAGCUUGAGAGAGAGGAAUUGAAUGAGCAAGGGCUGCCACCUGGCUUUAGGUUUCACCCAACUGAUGAAGAGCUCAUCACUUUUUACUUGGCCUCUAAGGUCUUCAAUGGCUCCUUCUCUGGUGUGGACAUUGCUGAGGUGGACCUCAACAGAUGUGAACCUUGGGAACUUCCUGAGUCUGCAAAAAUGGGGGAGAGGGAGUGGUAUUUCUUCAGCCUACGGGACAGGAAGUACCCGACCGGGCUUCGAACGAAUCGGGCCACGGGUGCCGGUUAUUGGAAGGCGACCGGGAAAGACCGGGAAGUCGUUAGCGCGUCGAGCGGUGGGCUUCUCGGGAUGAAGAAAACCCUUGUUUUCUACAAAGGGCGGGCCCCGCGCGGGGAGAAGACCAAAUGGGUCAUGCACGAGUAUCGACUCGAAGGCGACUUCUCGUGUCGCCACACGGGCAAGGAAGAGUGGGUGAUAUGCAGAAUUUUCCACAAGAUAGGUGACAAGAAAAGUCCAACAAUUUUUCAAGGCCUAAACUACUUUAUAACCAACAACACAAGCUCAAACUCACUGCCCCCAUUGCUUGAGCCACCACCAACCCAAGCUCAAAUUCAAGACUACAACAACCCACCAAUACUUCAAACCCUAAACCAAAACCCUUUCCUAUUUAACUCCCAAGAAAAUCAGUAUUCUGACUUGAAAACUCUAAUCAACCCGCUCGUCUCGCAGUGCGACCCUUUCGGACCAAAUAAUCUCGCACGGCCCGCCGUCCCGUUUAAUAACGUAAUCCUUUCCAAGCCUUCACUCUCGACCCAAGACUUCACCUUUAAGGAGCUGAGCAAUGCCAUUUCCAAACAGUGCAAGAAAGAGGCCGACAUCGACAGUGGGGUCCACAUCCCGUUUCUAUUCGGGCCGGGCUGUGAUGCUGCUGUGGGGAGUGCAGGUUUUGUCGACGAUCAUCAUCAUGUGAUGCUGACCGAGCCCGGUGGUUUGAAGUGGUGGUAG